AUGGCGAGGCGAUUAUUGACAAACAGCUCCUGCUCAACCCACAUCUCUUCAAUCUUGGUCAACAGAAACACUGUCAUCCAUAGCAUCAACACCGUCAUGAACAAGUCACCCCCAGGAGCCUCUUCGAAAGAUGGAAUCACACCCGUCGGAGGCUCGACAAUAGUCAUCAAACUAGGAACUUCGUCUAUCCUCUCUGAACAAAACCUUCAACCACGGUUAGGCCUGCUAGCAAAUUUGGUAGAAACAUGCGUGGAUCUGAGAGCUAUUGGACACAAGGUCGUGCUAGUCUCGUCAGGGGCUAUCGGGAUGGGAAUGAGACGAAUGUCGUUACUGGAUGGUGGCUUGGAGGGAAGGUGGGGCAAGAAACCAAAAUCGCUGAACGAGAAACAGGCGCUGGCUGCGAUCGGACAGGGACAUUUGAUUGCACUCUGGGAUAGCCUGUUCAGUCGUCUCAACCAACCAAUUGCUCAGAUUCUGUUGACACGGGGAGAUUUGGCAGAUAGAUCGAGAUACUUGAAUGCCUCAUCCACAUUGAGUACCUUGUUGAAUAGUGGUGUGAUCCCGAUCAUCAACGAAAACGAUACCAUUUCAGUUUCCGAAAUCAAGUUUGGAGAUAACGAUACCCUCUCAGCCGUCACUGGGGCUAUGUGUCACGCCGACUUCCUGUUCCUCAUGACCGAUGUCGACUGCUUAUUCACGGCCAAUCCUCGAUCCAACCCAUCUGCUCAAAUGGUCAAGGUCGUCUACGACAUCGAAGGGGUACGAAAGAUGGUAUCGACCUCUACCUUGGGAUCCUCACUGGGAACAGGCGGGAUGGAAACCAAGCUCAUCGCGGCGGAACUCGCCACUGCGGCCGGCGUGGCCACGAUAAUCUGCAACGGCACGAAACCACAGAGCAUUGCAGCGGUCAUAUCAGAGUUGCAAUCCAAGCCAAUCAGUUCACCCGAGUCAACCCCAGCCUUGCUGGUGCCUCCACGAGUCGAAGACGGGGGGCAAGGUGGUGAUCGACAGGGGUGCCUACGAGGCAAUCAGUGA